AUGGCUAUUCAAACAACUGGCCUCUGUUUGGAUAAGCAUAUAGCUGGCCCUGCUGAGCGGCUGCUCCGACAGCAGGUCGUCGCUUUUCUGUCAAAUGCCCCCUUUUUCCUCUCCUUCUCGUAAUAAAGAGGCGUCCAUGUAGAAGCAGUGGAUAACUAAAUAUGAUUUAAUAAGCUAUGAUCAGACAGGCUUGCAGAGACCGUCUGCAUAUUGCAAAAAAAAAAAAAAGCCCAGUUGUUACCACAGAAACCGUGUUUGGCAAGCGUGGGAGAUAAAUUGCGGCACUAUCUCCCUAAUAAUAAUUUCUAUUAUCUGCGCUGGAUGUUUAGAUUAUCAUGCAAAUAGGGGGACGUGCCGGUCGGCAGCAGGUGGGAGCUGGAGGCUGGUGAAUAGAGGAGAUCAAAUAAAACAGUUGAGCAAUCACUACAUGUGGGAGUGCCAAGAAACAUGCAGUGGGAGAAGCAGAGCUCGAAGCCCUCGAGGAAACGAUGAGCGUUGGUUUAUCGGUAGGGACAGGAAAACCACGCUGUCUCGCCGGGUUUGUUCCAGGCCACUGACCCAAUAAGAAGCCGUCGUCUCCUGCGGUUCAAACUGCCCGACAGAUCAAACCUCCCUGUGCCGCGGUGUAUUCAUCCCCCCCCCAGAGUCGAGGACAUAAUGUGACACAUCUCGAUGACUGACUGACUGACAUCGAGGCCACCAUGCAGGAGUGCCACACUGGACUGUGUCUGUCUGUCUACAUCAUCACCUUCGUGCUGGGCUUCCCGGCCAACGUCCUCGCCUUUUACACCUUCUGCAAGAAAGUGAGGCAGAAACCCACGCCGAUAGACAUCCUGCUCCUCAACCUGACCAUCUCUGACCUCCUCUUCCUCCUCUUCCUGCCCUUCAAGAUGCAGGAAGUGAUGAACAACAUGCUCUGGGACAUGCCCUACCCGCUCUGCCCGCUGUCCGGCUUCAUCUUCUACAUGACCAUCUACAACAGCACCUUCUUCCUCACCGCAGUCAGCGUGGAGCGCUACCUCGGCGUGGCCUUCCCCAUCCAGCACACCCUGAAGCGGCGACCCGUGUACGCCGUCGCCGCCAGCAUCUUCUUCUGGAUUUUCUCCUUCAUCAACCUCAGCAUUGUGUUCAUCAUGCCGUUCGUUUCUGGAAACUCUCCGAAUGCCACCUCGGCGCACAACGUCUCAGCCGUCGGUGACAUCAAGAAGGAAGUGUGUUAUGAGAAUUUCACGCAGGCUCAGCUGAAGGUCCUCCUGCCCGUGCGCCUGGAGCUCUGUUUGGUGUUGUUCUGCAUCCCUUUCCUGAUUAGCAGUUUCUGCUACAUCAACUUCAUCAGGAUUCUGUCCAAGCUGCAGCACAUUGGCCGGCGCCGGCGCCUCCGGGCCAUUGGCUUGGCUCUAGGAACGCUGCUGGUGUUCGCUUUAUGUUUUGGACCCUAUAACGUCUCGCACAUUGUCGGUUUUAUCACGUGGAGAAGCCCCGACUGGAGAGACAAAGCCCUGCUGUGCAGCACCUUUAACGCCUGUCUAGACCCUCUCAUUUUCUACUUCUCCUCCGCUGCUGUGAGGAAGACAGUGGGUAGUGUGAUGGAAGGGGUUAAGAGUCGCCUCAACAGGUGCAUGUCCUGUCACAUGCUCUGGGCUUUGUGGGGGGGGAUUAACACGACUGCAAAAGAUAAGGAGCACAAACAAGAGGAGAUCAAUGCUAUCUAAGCUGACUGAACGAAAGCUGUGAGCAGCUGCCUUCGCUAAUUUGUUAUUUCUUCAUCCCUGGAAGCAGGAAAUGAAUGCCAUGUUGAUGUUUUCACACGUGAGAAAAUGACACACUGUUUACUGUUUGACUCUCUGAUGAACUUCCUGUUCGGAAACGAGACAAGAGAGGAAACCUUCUGUCUGUCUGAGCAGGCCACAGCAGUUUUUUUUUUGCAGCGUAAUGAGAAAACCACAGGCCACUUUGAACCGUCACAUUCAAAUGAAAAAUAUGUCUUACGUAACAGCAGGAUUUCAUAAGAUCUCCAGGUGUUGUGGAGUGCUGCACCAACAAAACGAAUAUCUAAGCAACAGCUGCGGACGUCACCUCUGAGCAAUAAGAGAUAAAGCUUUAACCACGAACAGGAUGUCGUCUGUUUGUAACAAUAUGCUCAUUAUGUGUGGGGUGUUGUGGGAGAACUGGAAAAGAAGAUUCAAGUGUGGUGAAAAUGACAGCCAUAGGAUGCAGCUAAUAUGCAGUUUGCUUUCAUGUGAACAUAUUUGUGUGUUUUGUGUCUUGCCUUGCCUUUAGUUCACAUAAUUGUAUAUUUAUACUAAGAUUUGAUUAUACGGUCAUAUUGAAACCAAAUGUGACACCAAAGUAGCACACAUGUAUAUGAAUAUAUGUAUGAAUGCAUGAAACAUACGUGUGAAAGCUGUAUGACAUGGGUUGUAAUUAGACAAAACACAGAUUUUCAUACACAGAUUGUAUAAACAUAUAUUUUGCAUAAUGUAAUAGUCAGAUAAUAGGUGGUGCAUGUGUGAGAAGAAGAAAAGAAAGUGGUG